UAAAGAAAGAUCAUCUUGGAGAGUAAAGCAAUUAGUCGACUCCCAGAAAAAGAAAAAUGAACUCCUAAAAAUCCACAAUCUCCGCCAAAGUGUCCUUCAACCAUGUGGCGAAACUCUGCCACUUUAGGCUUCUAUUCGAAACUUCUCUCCCCUUCUUCGUCCACCAAUCCUAAUUACUUUAAUUACGCUUCCGCUUUUUCCAUAUUCAGUCAAAUCGGCAUUGUAGAACCGGCACUUUCUCCUUCUUAUCAUCGCUUUUACUGUUCAUCGGAGGCUCCUUCACCCUCUCCCUCAUCGGAAUCCGUUAUAAAGCUAGGGUUUCUUGCCUACAAAUCUGAUGUGUUUCGACCCUUAAGUUCCAAAGCUAGAGAUGCAGUCCAUCUUGUUCGUCACUACGGCCAAUGUUACUGGGAACUCUCCAAGGCUCGUCUCAGUAUGCUGGUGGUGGCGACUUCGGGGACUGGAUAUGUACUAGGGAGUGGAAACGCCGUUGAUUUGGUGGGCCUUUGUUGUACCUGUGCUGGAACCAUGAUGGUUGCUGCUUCUGCAAAUUCGUUGAAUCAGGUGCUUGAGAUAAAUAAUGAUGCCAAAAUGAAGAGAACAAAGCAAAGACCUCUGCCUUCAGGACGCAUCACAAUACCACAUGCAGUCACCUGGGCAACUUCUGUUGGGUCUGCUGGCACUGCUCUGUUGGCAUGCAAGGCUAAUAUGUUGGCAGCUGGACUUGCUGCUUCCAAUCUUGUUCUUUAUGCAUUUGUGUAUACUCCAUUGAAGCAGAUUCACCCUGUAAAUACAUGGGUUGGGGCCAUUGUUGGUGCUAUUCCUCCUCUUCUAGGGUGGGCUGCUGCUUCUGGUCAGAUUUCCCUCAAUGGAUUAAUUCUUCCAGCGGCUCUCUACUUUUGGCAAAUACCCCAUUUUAUGGCCCUUGCAUACUUAUGCCGCGAUGACUAUGCUGCAGGAGGGUAUAGGAUGUUCUCUCUUACAGAUCCUUCAGGUCAGAGAACAGCUGCUGUGGCUUUCAGGAACUGCCUGUAUCUUAUUCCUUUGGGAUUCAUAGCCUAUGACUGGGGGGUGGCCUCUGGGUGGUUUUGUGUUGAAUCAUCUCUUAUUACCCUAGCAAUAAGUGCUGCAGCAUUUUCAUUUUACCGUGACCGUACUACUCAAAAAGCAAAAAGGAUGUUUAAUGCUAGCCUUUUGUAUCUUCCUGUGUUUAUGUCUGGACUCCUAUUUCAUCGGCUCUGUGAUGAUCAGCAAUGCCUUGCGGAUAACCCUGACAGGAUUGUUGAGCUUUCAUCUUCCUCACAAGAUGUAAUUGAUAGUGGAGAAGAUGAUCAAAAGAAGAAAGUGAGGCAUUUCACUGCUGGUCCACAAGCACGCCCACCUGUAGCAUAUGCAUCCAUUGCUCCAUUUCCCUUCCUUCCCGUCCCUUCGUAUGUUGAUCCUUGAUGCAUCAAUUGGCUUCAAAUUUCCUAUACCAAACAAAAUUGUUGGAAGGGAACCCUGAAAUCUUUUCAGCUUUCUUUAAUUUCUUUCUCUCUCUCUCUCUCUCUCUCUCUCUCUCUCCAUUUUACACAUUUUUGCUUCUCGACUUUCAUUAAUUUGAAAUUAAUGUAAUUGUUAUUAAGCUGUUAAUGCACUCUGAGUAGCAUUAAACUCGCAGGUCUUCUGCAUGCGCUUCCUUUCUAAUAAACCCGCUAUUCAUGGAUCCUUGGCAAUAUACUCUGCCUUUGGUAUUUGGUUUUGAUGUCAUACACUUUAGCCAUGAGCAUUUGAAAAAUUCACUUCUAUUUGAUCUUUCAACAUAUAAUCGGUUGUUUAUAAAACGAUGCAUCAUGGAAAACUAAACUAUCAGAAUACACAUCAAAUGCAAGUAAACCAAUCAACUGCAACCUAGAGUUUGCAAAAUGUCGCUCACAGCUUAAUGUACUGCUUUAUUUUCCACAAUGAAAUGGAAAACCAAUGGAUAUGAGUUUUAAAGCCACUUUUCAGGUCAAAAGCUACUUUUGAUGCACUUUUAAUAUUAAACAGAAAAAAUGUAACUUUUUAAUUUAAAAUUUUGAUUUACAAACCCAAAAUAAAACUCCUAAAAUGAUAACUAUCGCAAUCAGUUGCAAUUUUUAUAAAAUAAUUUAAUUAUUCUUGGCAUCUCUAAACUUUUAUUAUCAUAUAUAUUUUUAAAUAUUUCAAUUAACCAUAGAAAUGCUAAUCACUUAAAAUUCUUAAACCAUAUUUUCUCACCACUUUUAAACAUUGUUUUCUGCCAUUUUUCAAUCACAACAACAAUUAAGUUUGGUUACAAACAUGAUAGACAAAAAAUGAAUGACCAAAAACCAAACUAGAAAUACAAUUAC